GGACCACUCUAUCUAACGCCGCAACACCGACCCCCAAGCCUAUGCGCCUUCAACUCAUACAACCACCCUAGACUAGUUCACUAUUCUAUACAAGAUAACGAAGCAUUCUAAGAGACCAUAUACUUCAAACCAUAAAGGCAAUUACCAUCACUUUCUCUCUGCCUAUCCUCACAGCCACAUAAAUCAAUUCUAUUCCAAAGAGACAAAGCGGCGCAACGCAACGCAAUUCCACCCAACCUGGACGCACAACACCCACGAGCCCGAGCCACGAUGCCCGGUCUCACACUCAACACAAGCAGCGCCGCCCGCGCGCCCACGCAUCCCCCCAGCCAAACUCCCGCCGCGACCGCGAACCCAAGCACAAGCGCAAACACGCAAGACCCAGCGCGCCCCUCCUCGCCACCAAGACCGACCUACAGCCCCAUCACACCACCUCUAAACCCAGUCGCGUUCCCGCCACGGCCGACAUACACGCACAGCUCACAGCAGGACCAAGUAGGGAUAGCGCCGCCACCACCCGAGCCCAUCGACUUCGACAGCAACCCCGAUGUCCUGGCCCUCAAAUCCGCCAUCUCCAUCCUGCAGCUGCAGCGCCGCAAGGCCGCCGCCGACAUGGCGCUGCUAAGCCGGGUCAAAACCGCCGCGCUCGCCGAGCCCGAGGCCUUCGUGCGCGACUUGACAACGGGGCGCGUGGGCAUGGAAGGCGACGCGCUGUAUGGCGGUAAUAGUAGUGCUGCGUACGAUGACGAUGACGACGACGACGACGACGAUGAUGAGGACGACGAGAUGGAAGACACACAAAGUAAUACCGCUGCUGCCGGACAACCCGCACCCUCCACAACUUCACACGCCAGCUCAAGCGGCAACAGGACACUCACCGACAGCUUAGUAGCAUCGCACUCAGAAAUUAAGAGCGACCCCGACGCCACAGAGCCAGAGCCUCCGCACCACCACCAGCACCAACCCAACCCCCAAUCCCGCCCCUGGACCAGGCUCCCCAAGCCGCAAAACGUAGUACGCUGCCCGCCCAUCAACUGGGCGCAAUACGCCGUCGUCGGCGAGUCCCUCGACAAGCUGCACAGCGAGCAAAUCUCGCGGCCCGCGCAAGGGGUCCCGGCCGCCGUGGGGCCAGACGGCCGGUACGAGUUCAAGGGGGAACCCGGGCGGCAGGAGAAGCUAGUUGGGGUCGCGGCGCCGUAUGCGCCGGGCAAGGACCGCAUUGAGCGGAAGCCUAAGGGGCCUAAGCGAUGAUGGUCCGAGGCUUGCUGGGUGGGCUGACUAGAGCGGGUAGUCUAUUCCCUGGAGAUGUGAAGAGAGAGAUAGACUAGAGACUGGAAAUACAUAGCUGGUCGACUAUGAAGUCAUGGCUGAUGACGAAUUCAUGUAUAUUAUGAACAGCAUUGUGUUUAGAACGGUACACAGUUUUGGGAACCCGACAUCAUAAACAGGAGUUGCUCUAUUUUUAACUGUAAAUAUCAAUACUAUUAGGGGUCAUGGAUAUUCUACCGGGUGGCAUAAUAAAAUGGUCAGGUUAAAAGAUUGUUAUAUACCUAGGUAACGAACUUCGAACA